AGUUAUCAACUCGCUGGAUCACUGAGAGGAUGAAAAGGACUGUUCUGCUGGUCUUGUGUCUAGUGACACUGUCUAAUAUACAGCUGGGACAGUCUCAAUCUGAUGUUGCUGGGAUUGCAGCAGCUGUGUUCAAAACUCUGUGCCCGAUCUUGAAUGAGUUGAAGGAAGACAUUAGCUGUGUGAAGAGUGAAAUAGCCAAUCUCAGUGAGACAGUCAGUCAUCUAGCUGAGCAACUGGAAGACCACAAGAAUGAAACUGCAUCUGAACUGGUCGAUCUUAGGUCCUCAGUCAACUCUGAAUUAGCUAAUCUGGGAUCCUCUCUCCAGUCCAUGAUUGAUAAUCCACCAACUGAGGCAGUGCGUAGUGCUGUAUUGAGGGCUCUACUGCCAUAUGUGAACAACAUGGAGUAUAAUAUAAAGACAGAGCUGGGG